AUGUUUGCAACCGUUUACAUGAUGGCGUAUGAAGAAUUACGUUUUCAUUCUUACAAAUUUUCUUCAGAGUUUUCUGUUAAAAUUUUCUGGAAUAACAGAUUAUGCAUUUUUAUUUUAUUGAACUUAAUGUUUGCGUUCAAAGCGUUGUUAGAUGCAAAAGUAAAGAGGAAUAGGGUUAGUUCGCAUACAAAAUUCAAGAAGAAAUAUAAAAUGGCAUCGGAGAAAAUGGUUUUCAGGAAGAAUGAUUGUGAAAAUGAUUAUGUGGACAAAGUUGAUUUCAUGGUUAAUUAUGUUGAUCAUCCUAUCGAAAUAGAUGAUGAUGAAGUAUCAGAAGAAGAAGAAGAAUUUUGA